AUGGAUCCGCCGUACUUUACAAUAAACGCGUGUAAUCGUUGCCGCAAACGCAAAGCGCGUUGCGACACACAGAUUCCUGCAUGUCAGCCAUGUCAAAAUUCAGGCUCGAUAUGUGAUUACACGGAUGGUCGCUCGGGCGACGUCCAUCCUCGGAGUUACAUCCAUGAACUGGAAGCACAACUGAUGCAACUGGAAUCUCAGCUUCAAGAGGUUGGCGAUGCGGCAGUGGAGGUGUCGCCGCCUACUUCUACAUUGCGCUCAGAUGAUGAGCCUGCUCAAGACUUGAUUCGCGUCGGAGAUGAGGGGCAUGCUCACUUCAUCGGAGCUUCGAGCGGGAUGUACUUAGUCCGAUCAGUCCUUGAGUCGGCUCAGCAGAACUAUCCAAACUUCGAAUCGCCAUCUGAAACAACAGAAGCUCGAACCGGACCAAAGGAACCAGCUAGUAGCAGUACUCGAAUCGCCUUGCCGUCACGAGAGACGGCAAAUAGUCUUAUCGACACGUUCUUCAGCCAAUAUCAGGUUCAAUAUCCCAUUCUCGAACAGCAAGAAUUUAACAAGGCUGUGACGGAAUUCUACAGUCGCCAAAACGAUAGGGAUGGCCAAAAUCGACCAGCAUCUGGCGAGGUGUGGACUCGAUUCAUGCUUAACAUGGUGCUUGCCAUCUCACUCAUGUUCAUGUCCAACGAUCAUAAUGAGAGCACGACCUUAUCCAAAAGCUUCACUGCCAAUGCCAUGGCGGAUAUCAGUCUGAUUAUGCAGACAAAGAAUGUCAAGUCGGUUCAAUGCCUUCUACUGUUAUUGCUUCUCUCGAUCCUCGACUCAUCGUCUGCGCCGGUUUGGUAUAUCUCCGGCCUUUGCAUGCGCAUGUGCAUUGAUCUCGGAUAUCACUCAGAGACCACAAUAGCUAUUUCUUCGACCAGUAACGACACAGGGGAUGAGAAGAUAGGUGAAGCAGAUACAAAGCGAAGGCUAUUCUGGGUAACAUACAGUUUUGAUCGGACACUUAAUAUCCUUCUUGGUCGGCCCUUCACCUUUGACGACUUUACUGUCGACAUUCAUCUGCCGAGAGAUUCGUUAGUACCGAAUAAGCGACCACAGAUACUACACUGGCUUGAACUUCAACAACUCGAAAGCGAGAUCGUACAUAAGCUCCAUGCUGUACGCCGUGAUGAUACGACUCAUGUCGGAGAGGACAAUGACCUUACUGAGUGGACUAAGGAGAUGGCCCAGCGGUUGAAAGGCUGGAACUCAGUAGCCCUGACUCUCACUGACUUCGAUGGCUACAACGUGAACUGGUGGGGCUACUGGUAUCGUACGGCGCUGCUCAUCCUCUACAGACCAUCUCCGUCCCGUCCAAACCUCAGUACGUCUGACACGUUGUCAUGUUACGAAGCUGCAAAGGACCUUAUUCAGCUCUCAUACCUUCGUAUCAGCGAGGGUCUGAUGGACUUCACCUGGAUAGACCUCCAUUUUCAAUUCAUGAGCGGAGUCACUCUCGUAUUUAUCGUCUGGAAGAAUACUCAGGCGAGAAUCAAGGCAAAGGAUGACUGGGUGUCGCUCAAGAGCUGCUUGUUCCAAUGGAAGACUAUACUUGAGAGACUGGGAAUGCGAUGGGAAAGAAUUGCUCGAGCGCGUGAAGCACUAUCCAAAUUAGCUGAUGCUACUAUCGACCUUGUCGAGAAGGAUAUGAUGCGAUCGGCAGGAGGAGGCCAACGGCUGUCAAUACACCACAACUCAGAAGAGUCUCGGCGAGAUCGAAGGCGCUCUAUCAUACAGCAGCUCCGGAGACAGGAUUCUGACGGCGUAUCGCAGCAGAACUUGGCCGCUGGAAGCGAUACAAACAUACAAGAUUCUGGCCCUCAAGAGGUAAAUCUUGAACGCGGAAACAGAGGAAUGGAUCAGAUUUAUGGACCUCCCAUAGACGCCGAGACUCGACACCGACCAGCAGCUCAUACAGCCGAAUAUGGGGCGCAAGCCAUGGGUGACAAUUGGACCACUUUCGAUACAUCAACAAAAAAUCAACGAGGGCUCUUUGGCGACACCCAGAGCCACAACAGUAUAUCAUCAAUGAUACCUGAAGAUACGUGGCCUCUCUUCGAUCUCUCAGAUGUAGCAGUCGCACCUGAUGAGCUCAACUUCUGGACAUACUUAUCAGCCCCAAUGCUCGGUGUGGAGGAUAUGUCGACUUCCCAGUUCAACGCUACGGGGAGGCCAGAUGAUGCUUUCACGAAUAGCAUUCUGAACUUUCAUGGGGACUUUAGUAAUAUCACGCCCGAGAUGCCAGUUGAGUACCCAGAGGAUGGAGACUAUGGUUACAACGCUGGGCAGUAA